AGCUCGCCUUCCUAGAUCAAACAAAGCGAAGUCUCACGGGAACAGAAUGGGAGACCACGGCAUCGAAUGUUCAGCAAAACCUAAUUCCACGAAUCUCUUCCUGCAAAUCAUUGAAAACCCUGAUGGCAGCAUCACCCGCCCCUUCGUGCCCCAAAUCCCUCCCUCCGACCUUAUCGACGGUGCCGACGUCCGAUCCCGAGACAUCCCCCUCAACCCCUCUUUAAAAACUUCCCUCCGUCUAUACCUCCCUUCGUCCUCUCUACAAAAACUUCCUAUCAUCCUCUUCUUCCAUGGAGGCGGCUUCAUACUGUUCAAUUCUUCCUCUGCCCCUUACCACUUUUUCUGCGAGCAAAUGGCCCAAUCCCUCUCUGCCCUCGUUCUCUCCCUCGACUACCGCCUCGCCCCCGACCACCGCCUACCUGCCGCCUACGACGAUGCCCUCGACGCCAUCCUGUGGCUACGAGCCCAAGCCGCUGCCGAUUCCUCUGCACGGGAUUCGUGGCUCGCAUCCCACGCCGACUUUGAACGGUUUUUUAUAGCCGGAAGUAGCUCCGGCGCAAACAUGGCGUUCCACGCCGCAAUACGGAUCGCUGAUCUCGAUAUCCAGCCGCUGAAGAUCGCUGGGGUUCUGCUCAACCAGCCCUACCUGGGUGGGCAGGAGCGGACCAAAUCAGAGGCUGAUUCGGAGAACGACGUGAUCCUCCCUUUGCGGGCAAGUGAUAUGAUGUGGCGGCUUGCUUUACCUCUGGGUGCCGAUCGCGAUCAUGAGUACUCUAAUCCUGCGGCGGCGAUGUGUGUUUCGAAAAUUUCGAAGAUUCGUGCUAGGUGUUUGAUUAAAGGCCGCAGAGGGGAUCCGUUGAUUGAUCGGCAGCGGCAGUUUGUGAAGGUGAUGGAGGCGGCUGGAGUACGAGUGGUGGUGCAGCUCGAAGAUGAAGGCAUUCACGCUAUCGAAUUAUUUGAUCCGGCGGCUGCGGAAGCGUUUUUUGUAGCUGUUAAGGAAUUUAUUAAUGCAUAGUUUUUGAGUUAUUUUUAAGAAAAUUAUCAGUGUUACUUUGCUCAAUAUGAAUCCGUUAAUAUUGUAGGGAAGAAUAAAAUAAUAUAAUUCCGAGGUAUUGAUGAUUACAAACGUGAAUUUUAGUCGUUGGUCAAAGUGUUGUAUUUAAAAGUCAUUUUUUUUUAACUUGAAACUGCAUAAUGCAUUAAAAUAAA